CAACAACAACAAACAACAACAUUCCAUGCAUUAUUCAACCUAUGAAUCUUCUUCAACCACCAACAACACAACUUUUGUUCAAGCUGACCCUUCCAACUUCCGUGCCAUCGUCCAACAUCUUACCGGAUCCCAUACGACCGCCUCCUCGUCUCAAGGUGUGGCUCCAUCCGAAGGGAUGGUUCGGAUGGGGCCGGGUUUAAGCUUCAUGAGAGGAGGCAGCAACAAGGUGCUUAUUAGGAAGUUGGAGAUGAUCAAGCUUAAUCAUAAUAGUAAUAAUAGUAAUGCUCAUAAUAAUAAUAAUCAUCAUGGGCCUUUAAAUGGGCAUGUUAGGGUUAGAGGAGGGCAUGAUGUGGCUAUGGUUUCGCCCGUUUCGACGUUGGAUGGGUUAGGCCUCGGGGAAGAAAAGAGGGUGGUUAUUGCUGAGAAAGGGUUUUAUUUGCAUCCGGUUAGUCCAUUAAGUGGUGGUAGUAGAGAUUUUGAGCCUCAACUCUUGCCUUUGUUCCCUCUUCAUUCUCCUAGAGAUAAUGGUCAAGGUUAAAAUAAUUAAUUUAAUUUCUAUGAUUUUGAAUUGUUUACUUGAUUACUUCUACUAUAAAUUAGAAGUAUUAGCUGGGAAAAUAGAAAAAUUAAUUAAGUCCAUCGGUUUUCUAAUUAGUGGUCUUUGUAUCAUAGUUUUUUAUUUAAUCAUAUAGCAAAGAGAAUUGGCAUGGUUGAUUUAUACAAUGUGGAUUUAAUCAUUUUUUUUUAAUGUCAUUAGUUAUGGUUCACAUUUCAUCAAAGGUA